CAGAGGUUCCACUACCCGAGCAGAAAGGGACACGGGGUGGAGGGAGAAACACGAAAGAUCGGGGAGGGGUCUGAAGGGAUGGAAGAGAGACAGGCCGUACCAGGGACUCUGGCAAGAGACUGAGAAAGGGGAAGGGGCGGAGGGACCACUGGGGAGAAGGGGGAGGACACAGAGAUGGAUGGGCGGGGCUAGAAAACCAGAGGGAGGUUUGGGGGGACCUGCGUGCUUGAUCAGGCGUUCUGUUCCGCGAGUGGCCGAGGACCCGCGUAAACGAGGUUCCCCGAUGUCUGCUCGGCGCCCGCAGGAGCACGAUGCCGGCACUGAGCCCAGAGAAGCCUGACCUGAGGGACAGACUGGGAAGGAAGCAGGCCAGGGAUUUGCUGACGGCCCUCCUGUGCCCGCUGCCCGUCAGAAUCCAUCUCAGCUCUCAAAGGCAACCUCCUCCUAAAGCUCCCCUUCGUCCUAAUGUGACCGUGGGCAAGACUUUGCCAUCAGUGUCGGUGCUGAACCCUGGCUGGCCCCACCGAGGGGAGGGCCUCACCGCUGGGGAUGCAGACCCACCAGCGAACUUCUUCGACAGUGGCCCAGGCCACCUGCCGGAGGAGGACCUUGAGGAGACCUCUGCUCAGGAUCCUGAAGUUCUGAGCCUGGGGGCUCUUGGCCUGGACACCAACCGAGCCCCCAACUGGCCUGGGCUCCGGACGCUCCUGCAGCAGCUCCCUCCUCAGGACGGCGAUGAGCGAUACUGCCUGGCCCUUGGGGAGGAGGAGCUGGCUGAGCUCCGGCUCUGUGCCCAGCGGAGGCGUGAGGCCCUGGGACAGGGGGUGGCGUGCCUGAUACCUCCCAAGCUCCAAGAAUGCACCUGUGAAAAGUGCAGGGAGCGCCUGAGGCCAGGGGAAUACGGAGUGUUUGCAGCCAGGGCAGGAGAGCGGCCCUGCUGGCACCAGGCUUGCUUUGCUUGCCAGGCCUGUGGCCAGGCCCUGAUGAACCGCAUCUACUUCGACCACGAUGGGCAUCUCUACUGCGGCCGUCAUCAUGCUGAGCUGUUGAGGCUACACUGCCUUGCUUGUGACCAACUGAUCUUCUCCCCUCGCUGCACCGAGGCGGAGGGAUGGCGCUGGCACGAGAACCACUUCUGCUGCCAGGACUGCGCCGGGCCCUUGGGGGGUGGACGCUAUGCUUGGCCGGGGGGCGGCCCCUGCUGCCCCACUUGCUUUGAGAGUCGCUACUCGGAUGCCGGCUGGAGCCUGGCCGCGACCCUGGAAGGAAGGCCGCCCCUUGGUAAGGGAGGAAAGGUGCAGAUCCAAGGGGAAGUGGGCAGAGGGAGUUCCCCCGGGCUGGGGCCCUCGCCCCGGUCCCACGCCGUCCCGUCCCUCCAGCAGCGCCCCCAGGCGGCUGCUGGGGUCCAGCCGGGACAGGAGAGCCCAGCUGGGGACAAGGCGGAGGCGCCCAGAGGACGGGGGCAGGGCCCCCUGGAGACGUCCAUUGGUCCCAAGGAGUACGUGCCCUGCCCCACCUGCUCCUCUUCCUCCGACUCAGAGCCCGAAGGCUUUUUCUUAGGCCAGCGCCUUCCCCGGCCCUGCACGACCCCGAGACGCCUCCAGGCUGGUGACAGUGGCACCUCCAGGAAGCGUUGCACCGUUUGCUAGGGGCGCGGCCCGGAGCAGGGGGUGUCGAGGGGAGGGGCGAUCUGUGAGGCGGAGGCCGAGACUCCUCUCCCCGUAAAAAUCCUAGACUGAACGCAGCCAGGGACGCGCCUGGGAGAUGCGGCGGGGUGGCCAGCUUGAGUACCUCCUCCUCAGCCCGUGCAUUCUGUGACUCUUGAUGGGAGACUUUCUUGGGGAGCCCCAUUCCCCAAAGCUACGCAGCCCCUGCUGAGCUAGCCCUUCCCCGACCCCACAGGCUGGGGCACCUGGAUCCCCAGCCUCCUCCUGCGCCAAUGAAGCGGUCACUCCGAGGCCACGUGUGACGCGACGGCUGGGCGAGCCGAAGGCCUGGAGGGAGCGGGUGGGGCCGGAGGACUGCGGG